AUUGUAAACUUUGUAUUUAAAUAAUUGAUCUCUUUUGGAACAAACCGAUUUCUUCAGUGACAGUAUUUUGUUUAAGUAACAAAAUAAUGAGCUAAAAAAGAAAACUUCUGGAAAGAGUGAAUCAUUUUUCUCGGAUCUAUCAAAUGCAUAUUUCAUCUUAAACUAAAAAUUGGAAAUGAACAUGUAUAAAAUUUCUUUAGAUUUUAUUAGUGACAUGUUAGAUAUAAUUCUUAAAAUGAACACAAUUUACAUAGUCGGCGAAAAAAAUUAUGAGACAGAGCAGAGGAAGUCGCUAUGCCUACAACGAAAGAUCAAGUUCAUGAAUUCAUUGGAUCUCACAGCAUUGUGAUUUUUUCUAAGACUACUUGUCCAUAUUGCAAAAUGGCUAAACAGGUCUUUGAUAAAAUGAAUAAAAAAUACCUGGCUAUUGAAUUGAAUGAAAGGGACGAUGGAGAUGAAAUCCAAUCUAUAUUGGGAGAAAUGACUGGAGCUAGAACAGUACCCAGGGUGUUUGUGAAUGGAGUGUGCUUGGGUGGUGGAACAGAUGUAAAAAAAUUGUAUGAAAAUGGAGAAUUACAAAAAAUGUUUUAAUAUAUUAGCUCAUGCUAUCCAAUUCUACAUUACCUGAAAUAUUUAUGAUUCUGCUUUUUAAAUUCUGUAUUGUUGAUUUUUCUUUUUGAAUUAAUAAAGACUAUUAUUUACAUGGCAAA